ACACAUCAUUCCCCAUAUCUUCGAAUUUUUUCAAAUUUUUCUUGAGUUCCUAGGGGGUUGAAACGUUUAAUUUAAUCAAAAUUCCAUAAGAAGCCCAUAAUUCCAUAAGAAGCCCAUAAAUCGCCUACGGCUCAGAGGCCAACGCCACACGAGUAAAAAACCCCAUCGCAACAGGCCGGAAAAAUACUAUUACUCCCUAGGGGCACAAUAUACUAUUUAUUACAUUAUGAUCAGUACCUUCCCACGGAGGGCCACGUCAUCCUGUCUCUCAUGAUCUUCUUCCAGGUGGUCCGAACUUCAAUGUCGUACAUCGCCGUUCUGCUCUCACUGAGAUAAGUAUCGCAGUUGUCGGUGGUACACAUGUGCCACGAAUGUGGUCCCGUUCUAUGUGAUAUGAAGGAGUUGAUAGACGUUCUGAGGAGAGACUGGUUAGAAUUGAAAGAUGAAUUCGAAAUCGCACUUUUACGAAAAUGGUCGGAAGAUAGUCGAAAGAAUGUACUUAUGUAUGCUGGAGCUGUUUAUGGAUCUAUGGCCCCUUUUAUGCUGGGUCCACUGGUGCCACCAUUGCUACGGCUCAUUCCCAAAAGUUUAAUCGAAAUAAAUCCUAAUCUCACAAUGGCAAAGCCACUGAUGUUUCACGUCGAGUACUUCAUCGAUAUCAACAAAUAUUAUUACCCAUUGGUGAUACAUUCGUAUUUUGGUACGAUGACUUAUAUCACAGUUGUUGUUGCUAUCGACACAAUGUUCAUGACAUAUGUUCAACGAGCAUGUGCUAUAUUCAACAUUGUUGGGUAUCGCUUGGAAAAACUGGUGGAUGAUCACGAUCUAGAUGCCAAUCUAAAUCCAACGUUGCGAGAUGAUGCAUCGUACAAACGCAUGACAGAAUGCAUCAUCAGACAUUCAAAGGCCAUUCAAUACGCACAACUGAUUGAAUCAGCGAAUUCGACAUCUUUCUUACUGCAACUAGGACUCAAUAUGAUCACUAUAAGCUUCACAGGAUUCCAAGCCGCUACGAAAUUGAAUCGCCCUGACGAGGCUUUUAGGUAUGCAUCAUUCACCUGCGCUCAGACAUUUCAUUUGUUCUUCGAAAGCUGGCCAGCUCAACGUCUGGUGGACGAAAGUACAAGGUUAACCGAGUAUACAAUCAAAACUUCCUGGUAUAAAACGUCAUUCAGAUCUCGGAAACUUUUUCAACUCCUGAUCAUGAAGAGUAUGGAGCCAUGCCAAUUGACAGCAGGUGGUGUCUAUAUUCUCAACUUGGAAAACUUCAGUGCAGUGGUGAAGACAUCCAUGUCAUACUUUACAGUUCUCUGCUCGACGACCUGAAUAUUUUGGAGGACUUGCCAGCUAUCAAAAAUUUCUACUGAUAAAGGCGAAUUCAUUAUAUUCCUAACAUAUUCAAAAAUUAUUAUAAAAAAUACCAGAAUCAAAUUACUCAAUUAAUUUUUUAUCCGCUUAUGAGAAUGGACAAAUGGAAUCCUAAUAAAAUCAAAAGUCACGAGAAAAUCAUUAUGUGGAUCAGAUAUUUUUCCGGUGAUUCUUCAAAACUUUAUCAUUAACAUGUAUCAAUAUUCAAUGUGAGUGUUUGUUUUAUGAUUCAAAUAACUGCAAA